AAUUGAUCGAAAUUAUUCGAUAGUCUAUAAUAAUCGAAUUUAUAAUUCGAUUUAUACAAUGAUCGAUUUCAUAUUCAUUUUAACGAUCGUCAACUGUUUCAUCAGAUGAUUUAAAAUCUAUAAAAACAAUUGGCAUCUAAGAAACCGUAGCUCUUGGAAACUCCCGGGCUUUGUCAGAUCACAUUCAAAGUGUUUUUAAUUGAAUAAUCGAACAAAAAUGAGUGAUGAUGAGAAUAAAAGUUUUGUUUACACGGGAAUUGAAUCGAUUUUCGUAAAAUCUCCAAUAAUCAGCUUACAACCGAGAAGAAAAUCGAAAAAAAAAUUUAACCCCCAUAAUAAGUCGUCUAUCCAGAAACGAGGAGGCGGCUGCAAUAUCGUGGGUGCGGACAGACGAGAGGGAGUGAUUGCCAUGACUACAACUGGAGCCCAGUACGCUCUAGCAGCAUCCACGGGAGCUGGUCAUGGCGGGGGAAACUCCGCUGUUGUAGAGGUGGAAACUAAGCCAAACAUCGUCGUCGUGACCACUUCCAGUACCAAUAGUUCUGGCAGCAUAGUACAGAAUCAGACUUCAAGAGGUCAACAACUCAUUACCGUGGUUACUAGCUCUGAUCCAACGAGUACCAAUAAUCUCCAACCCAUCCAGUUGGUUGUCCAAGACCCGUUGGAAACAGCUGCUGAUUCAUCGAAUGGUUCUUCAGGAACUCCAGCACACGUGACUGCUCAAGUUGUUGUGAAUACUGGACACUCUGGUCAACAUACUCUCAUUGACUCAGACGGAGCGUCUACAUCUGCAGGAACAAUUGUUAGUGGUUCACCGCAUUAUAUUACCGUCACAGUGUCUGGCGACGGCGAGGCAGUGGGUUCCGAAUCAGUAUCACACCCAACUUAUGUGCAGUAUGUUGAGGGCGAUGGUUCAACUUAUAAUCUCACAAAUGGGCAGAUGACAUAUCCUGUGUAUGCUGUCGGCGAGGCGGGAGCCAUGUACACUCCCGCCUCAAGUCAGUAUUACACGCCGGCGACGACACCGGUAACAUAUGCACAGGUCUCAGGGCAAGGUUCCAAUACUACAACUGGACAACUCUUGACCCAAGGCAACGGUACGUACCUGAUACAACAAAGCGUUGUCGAUGGUGAUCCAACGACUCACGCACUCAUAUCUGCUGCUGCUCGUGCUAGUCCACAAACCGAAGGCGCGGAAGCUGUGGUUAGCGGGGGUGGAGGGGCAUACUUGAUCAGCGGUAAUGCGGGAGGCGCUACUAUCAGCGUAGAAGAGGCUGCAUCCGCGGCGAACAUGACGCAUGCCACUAGGGUCUCCCAGGCCACCGUACAAUGGCUUUUAGAAAAUUACGAGACUGCUGACGGUGUCUCUUUACCAAGAUCUACACUUUACAAUCACUAUUUACGCCACUGCUCAGAUAACAAAUUAGAUCCAGUAAAUGCAGCAAGUUUUGGUAAAUUGAUACGCUCAGUAUUUCUAGGAUUGCGAACACGGCGUUUAGGAACACGAGGAAAUUCUAAAUACCAUUACUAUGGAAUCCGAGUAAAACCUAAUUCACCCCUGGUAAUGCUAAAUGAAGAUGGAUCAUCACGACCGCCUCAAGGCACAACUAAUCAAACGAAAAGAUUCAAAUUCGUUAGCUGCCAGAAACAAGAAUCAUCAUAUGAAAAUAAUUCUCAUGGGAAUGCAAAUCUUUCUUCCAAUACAUCAUCUUCGCAGUACCAUCAGUAUCUUGGUGAAGGAAGCAGUGCUAUUCCUGAUUUUCCAGAGAUAAUAGUUGGUCAUGGUUCUUCCCUCCCAGAAGAUUGUACCCUAGAGGAUAUUGAUACUUUUCGAAGUAUUUAUCGUGAACAUUGCGAAGCUUUCCUUGAUGCUGUAUUAAAUUUCGAAUUUACUACAGUUGAAAGUCUGUGGCGUGAAUUUUGGCGGAGUCAGGACAAUAAUAAUGAUGAGUGUGAAGAAGAAAAAUACUUAUCUAAAACUAAAUUAUAUCAAAUGUGCAAAUGUGGUGAAGUACAAGAUUUUAUUAAAACCGUUGAUUACACAUUUUAUCAAAAUCUCGUUGAAGUAUUAAUGCCAGAUGUUCUUCGACCUAUACCAAGUACACUAACUCAAUCAAUUAAAUUUGCAAAAGGAUUGGAAUCAUGGCUAACUACCGCAAUGAAUGACUGUCCAGAAGAGAUGAUGCAGAUUAAAUUAACGGCUGUGUCAGCUUUCGCUCAAACUCUUCGUCGAUAUACAUCAUUGAAUCAUCUUGCUCAGGCUGCACGAGCUGUUCUUCAAAACUCUAGUCAAAUAAAUCAAAUGUUAGCAGAUUUAAAUCGUGUUGACUUUCAUAAUGUCCAAGAGCAGGCUUCAUGGGUUUGUCAAUGUGAUUAUGCAGUAGUUCAACGACUAGAAGCCGAUUUUAAAGUAACUUUACAGCAACAAAAUUCAUUAGAACAGUGGGCAAUAUGGUUAAAAGGAGUUGUGACACAAGUAUUAAAACCUUAUGAAGGGAAACCAACAUUUGCUAAAGCUGCGCGACAAUUCUUACUCAAGUGGUCAUUUUACAGCUCAAUGGUAAUCCGCGAUUUAACCUUGAGAAGUGCUGCGAGUUUUGGAUCUUUUCACCUUAUUCGAUUAUUAUAUGAUGAAUAUAUGUUUUAUCUUAUUGAACAUCUGGCUCUUGCAACUGGUACAACGCCGAUUGCUGUAAUGGGUGAUAAGAAUCAAAGUUGUCAGUUGAUUAAUAAUUUUGGUACAACAUCGAAUGGAGAUACGUCAAAUACGAAUCAACCAAAGCGAAUGAAAAUGAGCUAACUGAGUGCCAGUGCUUUGUAAGUAAUAAUUCCGUGCAAUACAUGAACGGAUACUAUGAAGAAAUCGUGUGAGGAAAUAUAGGCCUACUGGUUAUAAAUUAAUUUCAUAAAUUAUUUUAUAUAAAACAAGAAAGAUUUUUACUCACUGCAAUGAAUUAAAAAAGUGGAAGUUUGUGUGAUAAAAGAUAUAAAAUUAGUUACGAGAAUUACGUAAAGCCUUUGAAAACAAAUGACACUAUAGUUAAAGCAAAGUAUUUCCGACAUUAUUGCAAGUUAAUAUAAUAAAAUAAAUUAAAGGAAAACCAUCUAGUCGAAAUGCAUUCGAUAA